UUUGUUUGCAUCUUCAAGUUUAAAAAAAAUCGCUACAAUGAACGCAAUGGAGAUGAAGAUGUCAGAAGUCAGCAUGCACCAUCAUGACCACGACCAUGACCACGAUCACGGUGACGGGUGUAUGUCGUCACAUGCCAUGACGUUCCAUGUUGGCGUAUGUCAGGAGAUUCUUUUCAAUGGCUGGAAGACGACAACAGGGUUGGAACUCUUCGGGUCUGCAGUCGCUAUCUUCCUCGCCGGAGUCCUGUACGAGGGCCUCAAGUACUACAGAGAGGCCCUACACACUAGAGCAACUACGGCAACUGGGGACUCACAAGUUAAUAUUACUAAGAAUGAAUGCGGCAACCAGGGAUCUUGUGGUGGUACUGCGGUUGUCAAAUACUCAAUGCUGUCUAGUGGUCACAUAAUACAGACUUUACUUCACAUCGUUCAAUCUACUGCAUCCUACAUCCUGAUGUUGGUGUUCAUGACAUACAAUGUUUGGCUUUGUAUCGCGCUAGUACUGGGCCUGGCUGUCGGAUAUUUCUUCUUCGGCUGGAGGAAGUCAACUGUCGUUGACGUCACAGAACAUUGUCAAUGAUUUUAUAAUAAGAACUGGAUUAAAUAUACGACAAAAUAGCAUAUCUUUUAACUAAUUUUUAAUGAAAACAAAUAAAUAGCAAGUAUCUUGGGUAUACGACAACGCUCCUGUCAUCUGUAGUUCCUCUGAGUUGCGGACGUCCAUAGACGUUGAUUGCUGAGUUGUUCAAACUACUCGUUUUCAACUCUUUCUAAUGUAAAAAAUGGGAUUUCAAAAUCAAUUGAUAUUAUU